GAUGAAAGACAUCACUGAAAAGCUAAAGGACCAGACUACUUGGUUGAAGCAUCUUGUCUUGCUAAGACAACUCUGUCCUACUCGUGCUAGCAGAGGAAGCCCAUUGAUGACCCCAUUCUCAAGAAACUCCAGAGAAGGUCCAGAAGAAGAGUCUUCUCUGCUGCAGUGCUGGACUUCUGGAACAUUUCCCAUCCUAGGGUGAGAUUUGUCCCCCCUCUCCUAUCCUUCUGAAACAGCCUGACGACCUGGCCCUGCCAGAUGACCUGGGGACUCAACAGGAGUGUACAUCGUUGAAGGUAGUUACUGAACUACUUCGCUAACUUCAUCUCCCCCCUGCCCUUCUGCUCCCUCUCUGUCCGUCUUUUUAAUUCUAAUUUAAUUCCAUAUUAUUGUACUUCUCUUAUUUAUAUUGUUUAUCCCUUUGCUAUUGUUAUCUUUAUAUUUUUAAUCUUUUUUUCCAUUUUGUUGUUGUACGGUGCCCAGAAUUGGCUCAUAGUGAGAUGGGCAGCAAAUAUAUUUAACAAAUAAAUAAAUAAAAUAAACUUGCUGGGAUUCUUUAACAGCAAACUCAGACCUCAGGCCCAUAUAAAUUACAAACACUAACUGUUUGGCUAGUUAAGUCCUCAAUUUAACAUAAUACUGAGUGUAUUAUGUUUUUGAAGAUUAAUGCACUCAAUUUUUCUAAAGUGCCCUCUGUACAAUGCAAACCUGGAAUUGUCUGAUUCUUGGUGCUCCUUACAAUGCAAAACUGUUCUAAUGAAUAGUUAAACUUGAUCAUUCUCUUAUUUUAUUCUUAGCGUAUUAGAAAGCUAUGAAUAACUACAAUCACAGUCUAAUUACAAUGAUUGAAAAUAGCCAUCCUGAAGAAUACCGAAUUUCAUCACUCGUCUUCUACAGCUUCAUUUUUACAACUGGGUUAAUUGUAAACAUUACAGCUCUCUGGGUCUUCAGCUGUACCACCAAGAAGAAAACAACAAUAACUAUCUACAUGAUGAACGUUGCGUUGCUUGACUUGUUGCUUAUAUUCACCUUGCCUUUUCGAAUGCAUUAUUAUGGGAAACGCUCUUGGAUCUUUGGAGAUGUCUUCUGCCGGGUUCUUAGUGCUUUCACUAUUUUUUAUCCCAGCAUUGCAAUAUGGCUGUUAGCUUUUAUAAGCAUUGAUAGAUGUCUGGCUAUAGUUCAACCGAAAUAUGCCAAGGAACUCAAGAACACAAACAAAGCUCUGAUGGCCUGCACAACACUUUGGAUCAUAACUCUUGUGACAACUUCUCCACUGCUUUUCUUAUAUUCUGAUCCAGACAAAACUUCAAAUUUCACUAGCUGCACAAAGAUGAUGGAUAUUAUCUACCUAAAGGAAGUCAAUGUAUUAAAUUUUUGUCGGUUAAUAUUUUUUUUCUUGAUUCCCAUAUUUAACAUGCUUGGUUGUUAUCUAGUCAUUAUUUAUAGCAUAAUUCGUGGAAGAAUUUCCAAGCUGAAACCAAAGGCUAAAGAAAGAUCGAUCAGAAUCAUUGUAACACUAAUUAUCCAAGUGCUUGUAUGUUUUGUGCCUUUUCAUAUUUGUUUUACAUUUCUGAUGCUCCAAAAUGGAGACGUAAGCUACAACCCUUGGGGAGCAUUUACCACCUUCCUCAUGAACCUCAGCACAUGUCUAGACAUAAUCCUUUACUACCUAGUUUCUAAGCAAUUUCAGGCCCGAGUUAUCAGUGUUAUGCUUUAUCGUAAUUAUCUUCGAAGUGUUCGGAGAAAAAGUAUGCGAUCUAGUAGUGUGCAUUCAUUAAGUAAUAUUAACAGUGAGAUCAUAUAAAGUAAAGCAAUACAAUACAAAUACAAAUA